AUGAUCGAUGAGUUGUUUGAGGUGGAGCCGUUUACAGAUAACAUAACACACUUCAUGUUUUUCUCUCCCAUGCACGAACUACGUACUCCCUAUCUGCUCCUUACGGCGACUAUCGUCUCGAUACUUCGUCACGGGUUUUGCGAUAUCAUCCAGCCCGUCGACAAUGGAAUGAACAUGGGUCAGAAAAAAUGUUAA